AUGGUAAGUAAGAAAUCUUCUCUAGUAACAUUAGCCAUUUUGAUGGCUGUUGCAGCAGCAGAUGUCUCCCAUUUGGCCAGUCACUAUUUGCCGCCAAACUAUCAAUUGCAAAAUCAACAGCAUCAACAUCAUAACCAACAUCCGGAUGGCAUUCAGAUGCCAAUGCAUCGUAAUCAAAGGCCAGCUAAUGAACGUGUUGAAACGACUAUAGAAAAACAUGAAGUAGUUGAGUUACCAACACAAAUUGAAAUCAUCAAAGAGGGACAACCCAUCUAUGGUAUACAUCCACAAUCCAUUGAAAUGGUUAGAGUAUCUUCUAACAACAACGAACAUGUGCCCGAAAUAAGAUCUCGUUAUAUGCCAACAACACAAGAAAUCGAAAACUUACAGCCACCACAAGUACCCUACGAAAUGCCCAUGAGAACAUAUUUACCACCUGUUGUACCAGACACUACCACCACAGAUGUCCCACCAACAACAACCUCUUUACCACCCACCACUACCAACAGCCCUUAUAUGGAAGAAGAGACAACCACUGAACAGCAGUUCACCACUGAACCACAAUUCACCACGGAACCACAAUUCACCACCGAACAAAAUAUAAAUAAUUAUGCCAUGACUACCACUGAGAUACCAGCACAGGAACAGGCGUCUUACGAUACAACCACUUCACCACCCGAGUCCGUAACAAUGCCUGAAAAUCGCUAUCUACCGCCCAUGUCAAUGAUGCCACAAAAUCAAUAUCUUCCUCCUAUGGGCAUGAUGUUGCCACCACCUGCACCCAUGCCCCAGCUUACAUAUCAACAAUACCAGGAACAAUUGAUGCGUGAACAGCACAUGCAACAGAUGUACCGCGAACAAGAAAUGCAAGAAGUGAUGCAUGCAAUUGCCGAAAUGGAACAACAGCAAAUGAUUGCUCUGGAACCACAAGAGCAUCAACAACAACAGCCUAUUGCUCCGGUAGAGCCCGCCCAUGUUUUACGUGAUGAUGGUUAUCAUUAUAAAACGGCUGAAGAUGAUUUGAGACGUUAUCGCUAUCGUCAUUAG